AAAUGGUCCUUUCUCGUAUUCAGCCUACGGGCUCUCUUACCGAAAGAUCAGGGUAUUCGCGAACAUCGAUACGCGCAAGAGAGAUUGCAGUUUGUUAAUUAAUUUGAUGCCGAACGAUUCAUCUGGUUUCGGUAAAAUUACAAAAAAAAAACGAAAAAUUAGGAGACCGCCUCUCGCUGGAUAGAAAAUGUUUCGAGCGAUAUUUCUGCUGUGCCUGGCUGGGAUACCAUUUUCACAAUGCAAGCAGCUUCACGAGUACAUGACGCCGGACGAAGUGAUGUCAGUUUUCCACAAACCGCAUCACCUUGUACCUGAGUACGAUGUGGUGCCAGUAAUGCAUCGCGUGGCGAAGAGUGAUAUCGUCAAGAGGGAUAUCACCGAUGUCAAAGAAAACACGAAAGAACUGAAGAUGAAAGUCUUCAACGAAGAUGUCAGAUUGUACUUGACUCCCACGGAAGGUAUCCUCGCCAAUAAGGAUACUCCUGUGUGGUCCGCCACAGCCGAUUCGAAAGAACCCGAAGGAUUGCGAUAUAAGGAAGUGCCUGAGGCUAUGAAAUAUGUGGGGGUCUCGUUUCAAGAUGUAAAAAGUACAAGCUCGGUUUUACUAAGUCCUACUGCUGACGGUCAUGUACAUCUGGACGGGGUGAUUAAUAAAACAUUAGCCAUCAAAUCUCUGCCGCAACGACUCUUGAAGAACGUUCUUUACGGAGGGCUCAAUCUCUACGAACCGCAUCAUACGAACAACGUAACUGAUGACGAAGACUUUGCCUAUACGCAUCAUCACGUAGUGUACAGGGUGCCUUCGUCAGAGCAGUACGCAGAUUUCAACAUUACAAAUCCCCCGGAGAGCGAGAAUGAGAAAGGCAAUGCUCCGGACAUCAUUUAUCCAGAAAUCAUAGUAGUGGCCGACUACAGCAUUUAUAAAUUAGUUGGCGGAAAUCUCGAACAGGUCAUAAAAUAUAUCAUCGCAUUUUGGAAUGGAGUCGAUUUGAGAUAUCGUUUGCUAACCACGCCCAAAAUUCGAUUUAACAUUGCAGGAAUAAUCGUAGCCACGGACAAGGAUGCGAUUCCGUACUUGGAAAACAGUCGUUUUGAAGUUUCAUCUGUAGAUGCGGAUCUUGCUCUACGCGGCAUGGCCGAUUAUUUCUAUCGUGAGCACAGAUUCCCAACGGAGUUUUAUGACAUGGCAAUCGCUAUGACAAGUUUGGAUAUGUGCAAUAUGAUGACCGAUGACUUCUGCGACACGUCAACUUUGGGAUAUGCGUACGUAGCCGGUGCAUGCGACAGAAAUGAUACGAAGCAUUCAUCCGAGGCUGUAGGAAUCGUCGAAGACAACGGUGGUUUUUCCGGUAUUAUCCCUACGGCCCACGAAAUCGGUCAUCUGAUAGGAGCACGUCACGAUGGCAAUCCAAGGGGCGCCGGAGAUUGUCCGCCUCAUGAAGGCUUUAUUAUGACCAGUGGUUUGAUGCUGCACGAGAAUGGAUUCGAAUGGUCCACAUGCAGCAUAAAUGCAUUCUAUCAUUUUAUCAACCAAGACAGAGCGAAAUGCCUCUACAAUGAGCCCAAAACGAGUGGUGUACCGGUGACGCGUAUUUUACCCGGAACUUUGUUAUCCUUGGACGAUCAAUGUAUGCAGGUCUUUGGAACGGCGGCGUGUAACAAAGACGCUACGGUCUGCACGCGUUUAGAGUGUGAAUAUCCUGGAAUUGAGGGCUACUGCAGAGCGUCCGCACCAGCGGCAGAAGGUUCUCCUUGCGGGGACGGUUUGAUCUGUCUUAAUGGCAAAUGCGUGCUAGAAGGAAUAAUAAAGGACAAAGAGAAGAAGAAAUUAUUAGAGAAAUUCCUACCGAAAUUCAAUCUUCAAAAGAUCGAAAAACAUCCAUGGUUCAAUUUUUUUAAAAACAUAGCGAAUAAAAUAAAAGACAAAGUAAAGGACAUAGCGGAGGGCGUACUGGACAAGACCAAAGACGUAAAGGACACACUUAAAGACACACUGAAGAAGACCAAAGAUGUAAAGAACAAGUUGAAAGGCACACUGAAGGAUACACUGAAGGGCACACUGAUGGGCACACUUCUCUCGUGAAGAUAAAUAUCAAUGCUGUUGAAGACACAUACAUAUUGAUACAUCUAUCGCCGCACUCUACACUCUACAUCGUUGUUGCUGCUUUAAUGGGAUACAUAAGAACAAAACAAUGAGAUACACUUUGUACAUUAUUAGGAUAUAUAAUUUUAUAUUCUUUUAAGAAUAUAUUAUAUCCUUAAUGAAAUUUUUCUAUCCUUUGUACAGUAGUUUAUGUAUGUAAAUACAGAGGAAGUCACGUAUGCACACAUAAUUCGCAAUAAUAUCAGCAUAUUGCAAAUUUCACAUACAUUCCAAAAAACAAUCAUAUUCUCUCUUAGUCGCAGACAGGAUAAACAAAAAUUUCACUUUGUGAUACCUCAACAUUUAAUCAUACUUUCUACAUUGGCUGUGUAUGAUUACAUGAAGAUGCAAAAUAGAUCUUAUAGUGUGACUGACGUAGUCGCGAAUUUAUAUAAUAAACACAACAAAACUGAGAUUCAAAAAGCUAUGGAUCAAUUGGUGACAAAUGGGAAGCUAUUUGAAAAAGUUUUCAGUUGCAAAUUAAAUUUCCAUGGAUUUAACUUCCCAAAAUUAAAAAUUGCCAAUACUUUGACAUUUUUCUGAAACUUAAAAUGUGUAUUUUCAUAUAAUUUUUUAUAUCAAUCGUAUUGUAAUGCUUUACAUUACGUUAGAGACAUCUACGAUUAGAGAUAAUAUGAUAAUUUGAAAUGUUUCAUAUAAUGCAAAAGAAAAACUGUAAAAAAAUAUAUAAACUCAAAAUAAACGUCUAUCUGCUAUAAUUA